AUACUACCGUGAUACCACUAAUCAGAGUUAUUGUCCUCGCGCGCUCUUCCAAAAUAUAAUGUUUCGAUAUGGCAGUGAGAUACUUGGAUGGUCCUUUUGUGUUCAGACUCAACGACAAUGGUACAGGACCGCAUCUUCUUAUACAGGUUUGUACGGAACGGGGCUGGAGAGAAUAUACUGGCGAAAAUAAUGUAUUCAAAGAUCGAUGGAAUUUAUGGUGGCGAUCCGGCGGCUUCCCCCUUCCCCAUUACAAGCUAUUACUCCCAUGGCAGUUUAUCAACAGAAUUCCGAAAGGGAGUUCGAUCUGUCGAAAAGACAAUCUUAUCCGUCAUCUUAGAUGUAUGAAGAAGAUGCACGGUUCGAUCUACGAUUUCAGUCCUGUAGGAUAUAACUUGCCAUCGGAAUAUACUAAAUUGGCGGAAGAAUGCAGCCGCUGUGAACACGACAGAGUUUGGAUCUGUAAGCCAGUUGGUCAAAGUCAGGGGAAAGGAAUCUUUUUGUUUCGUAAAUUAAGCGAUCUUACAUACGACAAUGCAGCAGUGGUUCAAAGAUACAUCGAGAAUCCCUUUCUGAUCGGAGGUUAUAAAUUCGAUCUACGAUUAUACGUGUGCGUACCCUCUUAUCGGCCUUUGACGAUAUACUUGUAUAAGGAAGGAUUGGCGCGUUUCGCUACAGAAAAAUUUUCAUUAGAACAUUUGAACGAUCCUUUCCGGCAUCUCACUAACUUUUCGUUAAACAAAUUGGGUCCAGGAUACUCUGAGAAGAAGGAACGCGUCGGUUCUGGUUGCAAAUGGACUUUUAGACAAUUGAGAAGAUACUUCGAACAAGCUGGAUAUUACGAUUGGUUUCUUUGGCAGAGAAUAGCCUGUUUAGUCAGUUUAACUGUAUUGAGCCAAGCCGCGAGCAUACCGAAAUCUUCAAAUUGCUUCGAGUUUUUCGGAUUUGACGUAUUAAUCGACAGAAAUUUAAAACCAUGGUUACUAGAGGUCAAUCUAAGCCCAGCUUUAAGUAAUGACUGCGAAAUUGACUCUGAAGUGAAGAAACCUCUGCUGCAUGACCUGUUCGAUUUACUAGGUCUUCCAGUAUGCAACACUGGUCUCUCACUUUUUACGAUAUGGUCAACAAACCCGAUUGACGAUGAGGUUGAAGCGUCUUCCAAGUUUUGUACAAAUCGAACCAUGAAAAAGAAAUCGAAAACUUAUCGGGAAACUGAUGGUUUUCUAAAUAUAUGCACGGAACUUCGACCUACCCUUAAACAAUCAACUAUCAACAAUCCUACAAAUUUAUGGUCUCGUUACAAUCCCUUGUUAGUGGAUAAGUAUAUUCCACGCGGUUUUCAGGGUAAUAACCCAGAAAGCAACAAUAAAACGUCGAUAUGGGAUAAUGGUAAAGAUUGGAGUACGCCAUGCGCGAGAGAGGGAGGCUGGAUUCGCAUUUAUCCGUUGACACGAAUCAAAUCAGAGAAUCCCAUUAAUUAUGUAUCAUCUUUAUCGGAAACUACACGAAUUGCAGAAAAGGAAACCAGAAAUAUCGUACUUUCUAUACAAAAAUAUUUAAAAGCUGCCAAAGAAGUGCACAAAAAGAAUGAGAAAUAUAGAGAUGAACAGUAUAACGCCACAUUACGGAAAAUGGUGGAAUUAAAUACCGAAAUUUGGCUGCCAUCGAAAUAACUUAAUAUAUACAGAACACAUAUUCGGGUCUUUUAUCUGCAUAUUCUUUUUAUCAUUUAAGCAAAUCAGCACAAUAUGCUUUGACCAAUUAAAUGAUUCGAUGAUACUACAUUUAAGCCAGACUUUUCACAGCCAUAAAUAUUUCUCAAUAUUUUUAAUAGCGAAAUAUGUUUUAAAAUCGUAUUUUAAACAUAAUUAUUAUAGAAAUAUUAACGAAAAACAUUCCCAUUCUAUUGUCGUAUAUAUUCUAAAAUACCAUAUGUGGGUGAUUAAUAUGCGGGAUAAAGGAAAGAGACAUAUAUAUUCACCAAGAAAUUCUCGGUUUAUUGAAUAUUUUCUUGCAAAUGUACAUUAAUUCACUCCCUUUGCUGCUAACCUCUUGUCGCGCUCUUCAGCAAUCGAAAGCUUAACACCUUUG